AUGGUACACCAGAACCAGCGCACAUCGACGCAAUGGACCAAAGUCGUCUCGCUACUGCAGCCGGCGUCGUCGCUCAACUCGAGCAACCGCGUGAGCUACGUCGACGUCGGCGUGAACCGCGGCUCCCAGCUGAGGUGGAGUCACCUCCGUCGGUUGCUCUACCACUUUGCCGUCGACCUGCCCACAUUGGCCAGUCUACGCAAGGACGCCCUCGCCCGCGUUCGCAUCUUUGUCCUCUCGACGAACGAUCCGGCGCCCGAGACGUGGUGCGAGACGUGCACAGCGUGCUGCAAGCCGAUCGUCGGCUGCCGCAGCAUGUGUCGAAUGUGUCCCAAGACACUCUUCUUCUUCUGCAGUGCGUGUGUACAGCAGCAGUCGGCUCGCGUUCAGUCGUUUUGCAAGCACGAUCCAAGUGCGUCCGUGUACGAGACGGUGACGCCACCCCGCCGGUUCUUGUUCGAAGUCGACUAG